CACAAGACAUUGUCCCACGUAAAUAUCCGAAUAUUCCGAUUGACUUAUCAUUUCCGUAAAUGCACUUCCGGUGAGUUGUCAACUCGGAAAAAAAUGUAAAUAAAGAUUGUCGCAGAAGUUCUUUACAGUUAUGGGUUUGUGCAAGUGCCCGAAGAAGAAGGUUACCAACCUCUUUUGUUUUGAACACAGGGUGAACGUCUGCGAGCAUUGUUUAGUGGCAAAUCACAACAAGUGUAUAGUACAGUCAUAUUUACAAUGGCUACAGGAUAGUGACUACAGUCCUGAUUGUACACUGUGUUCUAGAAGUCUCUCAGAUGAUGCAAAUGGUGACUGUGUUAGGCUCACAUGUUAUGAUGUAUUUCAUUUUGCCUGUUUGAAUCAGUAUGCUGCACAGUUACCAGCUAAUACAGCUCCUGCAGGCUACACAUGUCCAACUUGUAAGUCAGGGAUAUUCCCGCCCAGUAACAUGGCAUCUCCAGUAGCUGAUAUGCUCAGACAGAUGCUGUCUAAAGUAAACUGGGCAAGAGCUGGACUAGGUUUACCUCUGAUUGAUGAACCAGAGCUUUUACCAGCACAGCCUCAACCUAAACCCGUCACACCUACUCCUAAUGGUAAUGCUGCCCCUAUCCAGGAGUCAAUGGUGCCGGCCAGUGCAGCAUUGACCAAUCUUAGCACACUGGGAGCCAGUCCAGCACCCAACACUACCAGGCCUAGUGCCCAGGUUAGCCCGUACACUAGCACCACACCAACUAGACCACCAACUGGACCACAGUCACAUAGUGUGAUCAGUGUUGAUUCAGGGACCAGUGUUAGAGGGCAGGACAAAAUGCAGGGCAUGCAUGAUCCAAGGAAGCUUUUUGAUACAACAAAAGAAGAUAUAUUCAACAUGGCACCUGACCAUGAUGAUGAUAAAUAUAGAAGGAGACCAGCCAUGGACUGGUUAAAUAGAUGGUUAAGAUCACGAGACACAACUUCAAAAAGAGGGCUAAAGAAAGAUCCAAUGACAGUACGCAAAAAGUUUUUAAUAGUGUUGAUGAUAGGCAUUAUAGGGUUUCUGACAAUGAUUGUGAUAUUUUCUAAACUCGGAGCACACGCCGCUGACGACGAUCCUUUCUUAGACCCCAUGUUUAAUCCAAAUAUUAGAGUGCAUGAAUCUGAAAAUGAUGACCAAUUUAUUGAUCAUAAUGGAAAUGCAGAUAUGAAAAUUCCAGAAAAUGUUAAAGAUGGAUAAAUAUCUUGAAAGAAAUGUGAAGUUAAUAUAUUUUUUUGUUGGACCUGGUAAAAGUUUGUUCAUAUUAUGGUACAUGGCAGGAGAAUUCCUGCAAGAAUCUCCAAAGAAUGGAAAUGGAAAAUUACUGAAUUAAUAUGUAGCUGCAAUUUAUGCACACACUAAAGUGGCAUGCAGACAUUAUGAUUGUGGAAUGAAUUAAAGUGAUAAAAUGUUCACAAAUUUCAAUGUUCUCAGAGAAGUUAAUAUAUACAUGUAUAAAUAAUUAUUAUAUAUAUUUGUUACAUUUAUGUAUAAUUAUAUUAUAAUAUAUACGUGUAAGCUUCUGAUGUACUUGCUCAUAGUCGGAAUCACUCGUGAGAGGCGUUCACAUAGAAAUAAUGAACACAUGCAUACUGCAUAAAACAUGUGCUUCAUGUUUAAAGAUAUCAAACUCCAUUGCUGGGAUAUAGGUAAAUAAGGCUUGGGGGGAUAUUUUAUGGACAUGAUGUAACUUAAAUACUUUGUUACCUAAAAAUAAACAUAAUUUCCAAGCUUUGUUUAAAAGAUAAUUACUUUAUGGAGGUCAGUAAUAUGUAGAACAAUUUAGGCAUAAUGGUACACCAUUAGAACUUGUAGAAAGUGUAGUUUUAUCAUACAUUAAAGUUUAUUCUUUUUACCAAACUAGAUUUUUCUUUUUCACAGUCAUUUUUAAUCUUUUUUAUAAUUAUGCACUUCCUAUAACAAAAAAAAAAAACAACAGAAAAUAGUGUUCAACUCUUAAACUAAAUUCUUAUUCAACACAUUCUGUAAAUACAAAGUAAACUGUACAGUAAUGUUUCAUUCUACAAUUUUAUGUCAUGUGUUGUUUUCUUAUAUCUGGAAAUUUACAAUAUGUAAACUGUAAUUUGUGUCUAUAAGUUCUGUCUAUAUUUCAAAGAGUAAUGUGUUAACACCAUAUCAAGUUAAACAUAUAAAUAUUAUAUUUAUAUCAUGCUUCAUUCCAUUAUCAUUUACGAGGGGUGUCCCAGAAUUACGUGGACUUUUGCUGUAACUCAAAAACUACUGAAAAUAAAAACAAACAAAAUUAACAUGAACAAAAUGCAACUUUAUUGCAUUAGUACAAAAAAUUUCAAAGUUGUAAGACAACUGGAUCAGUGUCUGUGGGCAGUGUAAUGAGACAAGGGGUAGCGGGUGCGGGCAGUCCAUUCCGACGUUACGACGUCAUUCCAGUGGCGUCGCUAGUUGUUAAUAAAUGCGUGGCGUCGAAUGUCAGUUUUUCUCAACAUAGUCGCCGCCUAACUCAGUACACCUAUGGUGUCGAUAUAUCCACUGGUCGUACACCGCCCUGUACCACUCCUGGUCUAAAUCAGCCACCACUUUCUGCGUUGCGAACGAGAGUUCCUUGAAGGAAUCGAACUUCCGUCCCUUAAGUAAGCGAUAUUGUACAUAUAAUUAAUCCGCAAAUAAUAAUAAUAAUAAUAAUAAUAGUAAUAAUAAUAAUAAUAAUAAAGCAUACUAUUAACUUUGUUACGAUAAUAGUGUUAAAGACGACGGUGAUAAUGCUGACGCCGUAUUAUUAUUAUACGCCUGUUUGAAAAACGGGACGUAUAAUUGUAACGCCCCUGGCGGGCGGGCAGGCGGGUGGGCGGGCGUUCGGCGUCCAAUUUUGUCCGGAGCAUAUCUCCUACAUGUAUGGAGGGAUUUUAAUGAAACUUCAUAGAAAUGUUCACCACUAUGAGGAGCAGUGUCGCGCACAUGAACCAGGUCUCUAGGUCAAAGGUCAAGGUCACACUUAGAGCUCAUUGAAAAACGCUUGUCCGGAGCAAAACUUCCACAUGCAUAGAGGGAUUUCAAUAUAACUUGGCACAAAUGUUCACCAUUGUUAGGCGGAGUGUCGCGCACAAAAUUCAGGUCCCUGCAGCCAAGGUCAAGGUCACACAUAGAGGUCAAAGUUUAGAUAAAAAUAUGAAGAUGUGUAUAGGGACGAUUUAAUCAUCAUUUAUUGAGGGAUUGUAACACAAAUGGUCAUUAUCAUGACUACGGCUGUGACACAUGUACUUUAGGUCAAUAUAUGCAAGGUCAAGGUCACUAAAGAUGGUGAAAUAUCCAGAUUUUGUCUGGAGCAUAUCUCCUACAUGUAUGGAAGAAUUUUUAUAAUACUUUAUGGAAAUGUUCACCACCAUGAUAUGUAUUGCUCCAUGCAUGAUCCAGGUCUCCAGGUCAAAGGUCAAGGUCACACUUAGAGCUCAUUGAAAAACGCUUGUCCGGAGCAAAACUUCUACAUUCAUAGGGGGAUUUCAAUAUAACUUGGCACAAAUGUUCACCAUUGUGAGGCUGAGUGUCGCACGCAAAAUUCAGAUCCCUGUGACCAAAGUCAAGGUUACACAUAGAGGUCAAAGUUCAGAUAAAAAUUUGAAGAUGUGUAUAGGGACCAUUUAGUCAUCAUUUAUUGAUGGAUUGUAGCACAAAUGGUAACUAUCAUGACUACAGGUGUGACACAUUUAAUUUAGAGUUAAUAUUUGCAAGGUCAAGGUCACUGGAGAUGAUUAAAUAUCCAGAUGUUGUCCGGAGCAUAUUUUCUACAUGCAUGGAGGAAUUUUAAUGUUACUUUAUAGAUGUGUUCACCACCAUGAGACGUAGUGCCCUGCACAUGAACCAAGUCUCUAGGUCAAAGGUGAAGGUCACAGUUAGAGCUCAUAGAAAAACGCUUGUCUGGAGCAAAACUUCUACAUGCAUAGAGGGAUUUCAAUAUAAUUUGGCACAAAUGUUCAUCAUUGUGAGGCUGAGUGCCGUGCAUAAAAUUCACGUCCCUGCGACCAAGGUCAAGGUCACACAUCCUGUGCAUAUCUUCCCUACUGAUUUGUUUUAAGGUUCAUUUAACAACACAGUGCCAAGAAUAAAAACUUGCUUGCUAGAUAACACUUAUCCAUAAUGCCCCCAUCUCCAUCUAAAGCUUUCGUAAACGGGCGUAUUUUGUGACUAUGGCACCCUUGUUAUUAUUAUUAUUUAUCAUUAUUAUUUUUAUUAUUAUUAUUAUUAUUAUUAUUCUUUUUAUUAUUAUUAUUAUUAUUAUUGUGGAGUUUAAUUUGUACGCAAAGACAAUGGGUUAACAAGGGAAAUAACCUAUCAUGCGCACUAUCAUCUAUGACGUCCUUGACUUCUUUAAUUGACGCCGCAGUCAACGUUGACUUUCUCUCACGACCUUGUCGUCUUCAAUGUCCUCCCAGCCGUCUCGAAAAAGCUUAUGCCACUUGAAAACGAGUGAUCGACAAACAGGAGGUCUCACUUUUGCAGUCUCCAACAUUUCCUGCGUCUGUGUUGGCGUCUUCCAAAGAUUAACACAAAACUUGAUGAUAGUCCGAUGUUCCGCGUAAUCUGUGGACGUCAUUUUUUGUUAAAUAUCCAAGAGCAACGAUUGUCAGUUGUCCGCUGGUAAACAAUAACGGAAACAGCUAUGACGUCAAAAUUUCAAACGAACGUUCAUAUGACGUCACUGCAUAAGCUUACGACGUCGCGCCAUUUUUUACAUAUAAAUACGCAAGAUAUACGAAAGUAAAGACAACUUAUUAAUACAAAAUAUUGGACUGCCCCGCCCUGCGCAUACUGCGUUACUAUAGCGACGUAAAAUAUAGAGAAGCAAUGUUAGAAAUGUAAAAAUAAUGGACAUAUUCAUUAAGGAUAUGUUAAAGGUAUUGUGUACAAAUUUGCUAAAAAAUGCAUUAAAAAAUAAAAAAGUUAUAGCAAAAGUCCACGUAAUUCUUGGACACCCCUCGUAUAUGUGCUUUAAAUAAACUCUGUGGGAAAUCAUGUGUGAAAAUAUCAACUGUGAUGAAAAGCAGUACGAGCGGUACAUUAUAACAAUUUGAAAAACAACAGCAUUGUUGUGUAAGGCCGUUGUAAAACAAGAUUUUGUUCAGUUUUUGUUGUUAUUUUGUUGCUCAAGUCAUGUGUUUAUAGAUGAUGUAACAGCUUGUUUUUAGGUAAUUUAUAGAAUAACAACAGUUCAAGGGUUAACCGCAAAACUAGUGCAAGUCCUUCUUCAUUUCAUAUAUAAGCUACUGCAGUUUUGUGCCCAACACUUGAUUAGUAUUGAUAUUUCUCUGACAACAAACAUGAAUAUAUUUUACUGUAAAAGUAUAAGAUGACUUAGUUUAUAACAAUUCUACUAUGGUUAAUUAUGAAGUAAGAUUUCAAGGUUGAAACAUUUGUAUUAAUAUCAAUGCAUAUUUUGUUAAAUAAUCAAAUGUAUUUUGGAACUACAUGUAUGUCUGAUAAAUCAAGGAUCAAGUAUUCAACAUUUCGUGAUUUUGAUAACAUUGCACACAGAAUUUUUAUUCCACAUUGAUUAUCAAACAAUGCAUAUAUAGACCUAUAUCUUCUAUAUUUCUGAAGAUAACCUUAUGAUAAAAACAUGACAUGUAGCUUGUAGAUUACAGGUGUAGCUAAUGUAAGAUAAUUUUGCUUCUGUUACAUUUUAUCACAGAAUAGCUUUCAAAAUGCAUAAUACAAUACUUUUAUCCUUAUUCUGCAUGCCUUGCCUGUUAAGUGCAAACCAUAAUCAAACAGCACAACAUAUCUUGUCAUUCUCCCUAUAUAAAAAUGAUAAAUCUUUUUGUCCCUAUUGAAAAAUGGACAAGUUCAUUUAAAAUAUUUAGUGGGGUAAAAGUUAAAUGAAUAUCAUACAAUAAGACAUCAGUAUAAACUGUUUAUAUAAAUGUUUUCUCAGUUUUAUUGACAAAUAACAUAGAGGCAUUGUAAAAUGGCUUCUAGUAAUACAUGUAGGUCAUUAGUGUUCAAAAUUAGCAUAUUGAAAGUGAAGUUCAACUCACAUAUUCUUUAUCACUACUGUAUUAAAUGUUCUGUGUAAUUAAAGUAAAUAAGUUAAGGUCUUAAUAUAAUUAUAAAUUAUGUGCUUAAAUAAUUUCUAUUUAUAAAAUAGAAAUACAUGUAAACAUUAAUAUAUUUUUCCACACACAAUUUGUGUUGUUUAAAUUUGUUUUCUGUAGUUUAUUGUGCAAGUCAUUUCAGUUGUGUUUUAUGUUGAAGAUCAUAAUGUUGUAUAUUUGAGCUGCGUCACGACAAAACCAACAUAAUGCGUUUGCGACCAGCAUGGAUCCAGACCAGCCUGCGCAUCCGCACAGUCUGAUCAGGAUCCAUGCUGUUCGCUUACAAACCCUAUAACAAGUAGUGAAACUGAUAGCGAACAGCAUGGAUCCAGAUCCGACUGCGCGGAUGUGCAGGCUGGUCUGGAUCCAUGCUGGUCGCCAACCCAUUAUGUUGGUUUUGUCGUGACUCGGCUCAUUUUCUUUUAUGUGUGUGCAAUUUAUGUUGGCAGAUGUUCAUUUUAGAAUUCUUUUAUGCUAAUUAUAGAUAAACACUUGCUGACUAUUGGGGGAACAUGUUAAAGGAAUUAUUAUUAAACUAAUAUUAUGUUAAUGAGAAUAAAUUGUCAAAAUUUA